AUGAAUGUCGUAGACGUGGAGCCAUAUGAAGAUUCGGUGGCCAGAGGUGCCUGGAGUGCUUCGUGUUGGCUGCAAGAGGGCUACACAGUAUCGCACAGGUUAGCUACCGAGAGCGUCGCCAGUGCUGCAGGCCCGCUCACAGGUCACAUGCACGCUGAGGAUUUCACUGACUUUCAGGUGCCCUUUGGUACCAGUGUCUUCGCAUUCUUCGGGGUGCUGAUAUUGCUUCUCGCAGCUCACGAGUUGUAUACUGCUGCAAGCAAGAAGCCACUUUUGGCAGAUCACGAGCGCAGCAACAACUUUCGCAUCCAGUUUAUGUUCUUGAUCAUUUGGUUCGGCUUCUUCGUGAACUCCUCGCUGAUAGUCCCCCUCUCCCUGGACUACGCUAUCGCUAUGGGCCAGUCUGCUACAGCUAGCGGCGUGUUCCUGGGCUGUGGCACAACCCUGAGCGUGGUCGGUCUGAUUGUUGGAAAAUCCUUGAACAGUGAGACAAACUGGAAUCAGGCCUUUGCUCGAAAGACGUACAUCUGCUUUAACUCUCUUUCUAUUGCUCUCAAUUUGUCUCUAGCUUUUUUGACGCAAGCGAGUGUCCACUGGAGUUUGCCGGCUAGACAGCAGUUCUUCUGGUGGAGUCAGCUCUUGCUGGGCUCUGUGUUCGGUGCUGCAGCGUUGCCAACCAUCAGCUGGAACACAUUAUGGAAUAAGAUCACACCUCCGCAGGAGAAGACCUUCUGGAUGAUCAUGGCUCAGUGCUGCCGAAAUGGCGGUUUCCUUCUUGGCCCGCCCCUAUUCGCCGCGAUUAGUUGGGCUGUACGUCGGGGCCGUGACGUCUCCCCCAUCUCCUUGAUGGCGUGGUCUUUCAUGGCUUUGGCAGGGUGGUCUUUGCUGAGCUUGAUGUAUGCGUCGCUAACCUUCCCGCUCAAGAUCAACCCGUUGCCUGAGACACCAGCUGAAGUCCAUGAAAAGAAGUCUGCACAGGCAUUGGAGGUCAGCCCGGAGCAGUUGCCCCCAGCUGACCGUGAGAAGAUAGUCUGGCUCAUGAUUUACUAUGCCUUCGAGAGGCCCUUCUCUGUUGCAUCGAUUGAGGUGGCCACAAUCAUGCUGCUAGAGGUUUCAUAUGGAUGGACGGCGGAGUUCUGUGGCACCGCUUUCAUGGUGAUUGCCACAUCCUCUCUUGCUCUCACAGCAUGCUCCACAUUCAUGUUGUCCAGCAAAUUGAUGACUGAAUCCAUGGUCUUCUUCGCUGCUUCGUUGUCGGGCCUGUUUGGCGUCUUCCUCCUGUUUGGUAAUUCCGGGCCCGGGAGCCUUCUCCUUGCGGACGCCAUCGUCUACGGGGGUGCCAGUGUUGCCAAUGGCAUUGGGGAGGGUUGGGCGUGCCGAGCAGCUACACCCGGCACAAGCUACAGUAUUGAAGCUUUCCGCGUGCGAAACAUCAUGGGCGUGAACAUCAGCCGAUUUUUGGCCCCCAUCGCUGCCCGCUUCAUUGUUGACUUCGGUGGUCGUAACAUCUAUGCUUUGCUGCAGCUUGUCCUCUGUACCUUGGGGACUUUGACCGUGUACAAGACUGUGUCCUUGGUGUGGCAAGGCACGUGCUGCGCUGAAGAGGCACUCGACGCAAAGCUGAGCCUCAACACGGAGGAUGCCAUCUGCAAGGACGCAAGUGACCCCAAGUAG